AUGCUGGUAUCUAAGAAAAUGGCCAGAGGAAAUUACACCUUGGUGACUGAAUUUAUUCUGUUGGGAUUAACGGAUCGUCCAGAGCUUCAGCCUAUCCUCUUUGUGCUGUUCCUGGUGAUCUACUUGAUCACUGUGGGAGGGAACCUUGGGAUGAUGGUCUUGAUCAGGAUAGAUUCACGACUUCACACCCCCAUGUACUUCUUUCUUGCCAGCUUGUCCUGCUUGGAUUUGUGCUAUUCUACUAAUGUGACUCCCAAAAUGUUGGUCAACUUCCUUUCAGAGAAGAAAACCAUCUCCUAUGCUGCCUGUUUAGUCCAGUGUUAUUUUUUCAUUGCUAUGGUGAUUACUGAAUAUUAUAUGCUGGCUGUAAUGGCCUAUGAUCGAUACGUGGCCAUUUGUAACCCGUUACUUUACAGCAGUAAGAUGUCCAAAGGGGUCUGUAUUCGCCUGAUUUCUGGUCCAUACAUCUAUGGGUUUCUUAGUGGCUUUAUGGAAACUAUGUGGACUUACCGCUUGACCUUCUGUGACUCCAACAUCAUUAACCACUUCUAUUGUGCUGACCCACCCCUCAUUCGACUCUCCUGCUCCGACACUUUCAUUAAGGAAACCUCCAUGUUUGUGGUAGCAGGUUUUAACCUCUCCAACUCCCUCCUUAUAAUCCUCAUUUCCUAUAUCUUCAUUCUCAUCGCCAUCUUGAGGAUGCGCUCCGCCGAAGGCAGGCGCAAGGCUUUUUCCACCUGUGGAUCCCACCUGGUGGCGGUGACAGUAUUUUAUGGGACUCUGUUCUGCAUGUACGUUAGACCUCCCACAGACAAGUCGGUGGAGCAGUCCAAAAUCAUUGCUGUUUUCUAUACCUUUGUAAGCCCUAUGUUGAACCCUAUUAUUUAUAGUCUGAGGAACAAGGAUGUAAAGGAAGCUUUUCGAAAAUUGAUCAGAAGAAAUGUGCUUUCAAAGUAA